AUUUCUAACGAUAUCCGAUCGUAUCUUCUCCUUUGUGCGAAACCAUCUCUUUUAUCUCCAGUAUCUGCGCUCGACCUCGUCGCAACUCUAUCUAUUAGUAUCUGCGGGUCAAAUUCGGCGGUGGCCGUGGGCCGUGAGAAGGAACAACUAUGGCGGAAAAGAACCGGGAAUCUCAGAGACCUCAGGGCUCUGUCGCAUCAGCACCAGCUUCCGAGGCAAAUUCCGGCGCAAGAGGACUGAAUAUCGCAUCUCCGCCGGGAUCAAAGACCCCGCCUAGCAUGCCGUCCAAGAGGACACUUUUCUUUCCGGACACAUCGCGCAACAGACAACAGAGUCUGGCAGCAUCCGAAGCGAUCGAUGCCGAUGCUUUAACGAAAGCUCUGAAGGAGUACGAGGAAGCCGGACGUCGCCGUGAGAGGACUCCGGGAACGAGUCCAAGCCGGAAAAGACAGAGAGUCUAUGGAGAUAGAUUCAUCCCAAACCGCGAAGGCCAGGAUCUCCAAGCAACCUACAGUCUGUUGCACGAAGAUGGAUGUCCGUCUACUCCCUCAAAAACAAAAAGACGUGCUCCUCAUGGCGAGCUUCACUUCCAGAAGACCGAAGAAGCUAACCGGACGUACUCGAGAGUCUUGCGAAGUGAGCUCUUUGGAAACACUGUCCCACAAGCCGACCUAGACUCGCUCUCACCUGACCCUCUACUUGGGUUUAAUACCACUAUUCAUGACCCCACUCGUUCUCAUACUCCACCAACGCACGCCAUCUCAGCAUUACCUCCUGCUAGCAUCACCCCGUCAACACCACACAAAAACCUUUUCAGUUACAUGUCCCCACGUCCUGGUUCAGGUCAACCCACACCUUCAAAGACCCCCAGGAGUCAGCAUGGACCAAACCUGAACGUGCGAUCAGAACUCUACAGCCUGUCUCCCAUCCGGUAUGAUAGCCAAAGGAUCCUCGAGACACCACGGAAACAGCCUCGCUAUGUCAACAAAGUGCCGUACAAGGUUCUCGACGCUCCAGAUCUUCAAGAUGAUUUCUACCUGAACUUGGUCGAUUGGGGCAGCAGCAAUGUCUUGGGCGUCGGUCUAGGAAACUCUGUCUAUAUGUGGAAUUCGCAAUCCGGCCGAGUGACCAAGCUUUGUGAGUUGAAGGAUGACACCGUGACAAGUGUGAGCUGGAUACAGCGGGGAACGCACAUUUCGAUAGGAACUGGCAAAGGCCUGGUCCAGAUUUGGGACGCAGAGCAUUGUCGUCGUCUACGCACCAUGAUCGGUCAUACUAACCGUGUGGGGGCGCUUGCGUGGAAUGAUCACAUCCUCACAUCAGGCUCUCGGGAUCGUCUCAUAUAUCAUCGAGACGUCCGCUCUCCGGAUCAAUACCUCCGUCGCCUAGCAGGCCAUAAACAGGAGGUCUGCGGUCUCAAAUGGAACACGGAAGAUGGCCAACUGGCAUCUGGAGGUAACGACAACAAAUUGAUGGUGUGGGACAAACUUAAUGAGACUCCCCUGUUUCGAUUUUCGGACCAUACAGCGGCCGUCAAGGCGAUCGCUUGGUCUCCUCAUCAGCAUCACCUGCUCGCUUCAGGUGGUGGUACGGCUGAUAGGACUAUCAAAUUCUGGAAUACGGCUACCGGUUCGAUGAUCAAGGAAGUCGACACCGGCAGUCAAGUGUGUAAUCUCGGCUGGUCAAAGAACUCGGACGAAAUCAUCAGCACACAUGGAUAUAGCCAGAAUCAAAUCGUUAUCUGGAAAUAUCCCCGUAUGGAACAGAUUGUCUCGUUAACCGGUCACACCUACCGUGUCCUCUACCUCGCGAUGAGUCCAGAUGGCCAGACAGUCGUGACUGGUGCUGGUGAUGAGACACUUAGGUUCUGGAAAAUCUUCAACAAGCGGGCAGGGCGCGAUCACGGCCGUGAAGGCAGCAAGCUUGCAGAAUGGGGUACCAUUCGCUAGUGGGACUGUUAUGUGCUCUGCCAAACGAAUCAUGCUGUUGUUAUCUUUUCAGCAUGACUCGGCCUUCUCUUAUUGCUUACGACAUGCAUUAGAUUUGGCG